UGCGAGGUGCAUCAGUUUCGGUUGAGACAAGAGAGGAAAAAUAUUGUACGAGCUAGUACACGAAUGUGUGUGUGAGACUGAUUCUGGCCGGCGGCUGAAUCGCAGAAUCUGCUUUAGGGGUGAAGCGAGGCAGCGGGGAGCAGAUCGCUCGAAUCGCCGCACGGGAAUUAUCAAUCAGUGCAACACCAGCCAGUGGCAGGUGAGGAGAAUUUCAGUCAACUUGCAAAGGAAUUCUUGCCACUUAUCUACACUUUUGGCGGAUGGCUGUUCAAUAUUAGAAAACCAAACUUUGGUUUCUGGAAACUGGAAUCUUGGACCAGUUCGGUAAAGGUUUUGAUCUUUUUUUUUUUAUUCUUCAUUGUGUCUUAGUCAACACGCGACAGUAUUGUAGCUAUUCGGUGUCACACUGAAGUGUCACCAUAACAGCUGUGUUAGCUACUUCCUCCUGAGUGGGAAUUCAAUUGGUAUCGGAUCUUGGUUUGCUUUCGUUAAGUGUCGUGGACUUGGGUCUUGUGGAAAAGACAACGUUCAACAGAAAGAUGAUGGGUUUUCUGCGACGGACAUUCAGCAGACGGUCAAUGAGACGGUUUCAGACGUCGGACGAGCACGAUGGCAGAGGUAGAGGGAGAGGCGGAGGAGGUAUCGCCGCACUACAAGCGCACCAACAGCAGGUCAUUCACACCCCCGCCGUGGUGACCGGUGGAGCAGUGGUUCAUAUACCCGCUGCGGGAAACAGCAAGUCGGUAAUAACGUGCAGAGUCCUGCUACUGGACGGAUCGGAUGUUAACGUAGAACUGCCGAAAAAAGCUAAAGGCCAAGACCUCUUCGACCAGAUUAUGUACCACCUGGACCUAGUCGAGGCAGACUAUUUUGGACUACAGUUCAUGGACCAGGAUCAGAUGUCUCACUGGCUGGAUAGCACCAAACCAAUUAAGAAGCAAAUAAAAACCAAUCCCCCGUACACACUAUACUUCAGAGUCAAAUUCUACUCCUCUGAGCCAAAUAACCUGCAUGAGGAGUUCACCAGGUAUCUGUUCGUACUGCAGCUCAGACAAGACAUUCUCUCUGGCAAGUUAAAAUGCCCAUAUGAUGUUUCUGUAGAACUGGGUGCCUAUUGUCUACAAAGUGAAUUAGGGGACUGUGACCCCUUGGAACACUCCCCAGAGCUGGUGUCGGAGUUCCGCUUCAUUCCUAAGCAGACAGAAGCUAUGGAAGCCGCCAUCUUCCAGAAGUGGGUGGAUUGCAGGGGAAAAAGUCCUGCUCAAGCAGAAAUGUGCUUUUUGAACAAGUGCAAGUGGCUGGAGAUGUACGGAGUUGAUAUGCACUUUGUAAAGGGAAGAGAUGGCUGUGAGUACGCAUUGGGCCUCACCCCAACUGGAAUCCUAGUGUUUGAAGGGUCCAGUAAAAUCGGCCUGUUUUUCUGGCCCAAAAUUACAAGGAUGGAUUUUAAGAAAAGCAGGCUGACUUUGGUUGUUGUGGAGGACGAUGAUCAGGGCCGGGAACAGGAGCACACUUUCGUGUUCCGCCUGGACAGCGCAAAGACCUGUAAGCACCUGUGGAAGUGUGCGGUGGAGAGCCACGCCUUCUUCCGCCUGCGGCAGCCCUCACACAGCAAGACCCGGCACAAUGACUUCGGCCGCCUGGGGUCACGCUUCCGAUUCAGCGGGAGAACAGAGUACCAGGCAACACAUGUGGGCAGGCUGCGGAGGGCCAGCACCUUCGAGAGGAGGCCGAGCAAGCGGUACCCAUCCCGGAGGCAGUCCAUGGUGAAAUCCUUGAAUCCUGCCAAAGCUACACAUUUAAGCGCACAGACAAGCCCCGACCCCAGCCUUUACCCGUACAAGCAGAAUAUCCCGAUGCCACAUGACCAGUGGCACCAGACUCACCCCAACCUGGCACAUCCCAAGUACCCACCGCAUCCUGGACACACGCCACCUCUCAGCUACCCUUUAACGGGACCUCAGCCCAACAACGCCGACAUGCAGCAGUACAGCCUGGAGGAGAACGAGGGGACGCCGUACUCGGGAAAGAGCGGCAGGCGCUGCCCCCAUCACCAGACCGGCUACGGCAGCGCCGAGGGCCUGUGCAGUCUGCAGCCCUCACACAAGCUGAGAACAGUGACGACGUGCCAGCCGGAUGACUCAGACAGACUGCUGCUGAAACAGAAUGAGCUCGAGGCGGGCAUGGUGGCAGUGCCCUGGCAGACGUUGCACAUCAACAUCGACAACAAGGCGGAGGAGAAGCAGCUGUCUGAGAAGAGCCUCCAUUCCCCAGUGUCUCCCGUUGGCCUCCCUGACCACCUCAAGUGUAACAUCCUCAAGGCCCAGAUGGACGCUGCGUACAGGGUGAUGAAAGAAGGGGGUCUGGACUGUAGAAACUCUUCCUCCAGCCAGGAACACAAUGGAAGGUUUCCAACAUCGUCCCAGGAUUCAGUUUCGUCCAGUAUGACUACAGAGAGGCCAUCUGUCAGACCAGACCGCAAAAAGAGGCUCGUCAGACAGUUCAGUUUUAACCAUAGUGACGAAGAUGACCUCCCAGCAGCCCUAGCAGCUAUAUCCUCCCAGAGCAGCACAGGAAAGACAGCCUCGGAGAGCUCCUUGGACAACCAGAUACAGCCACCCAUCUAUCCAAAGGCCGAUCUUCCGCUGCUGGAGCUGGAGGUGCAGUGCUGUGAACGUGCCCUGUCUCCAUCCAAGCCCUCUCCUUUCUGUCCGGCACCUGUACCCCAGCUGCUGCCCUGUGAAACAACCCAUCAAGACAGUGCAGAGGCCCUGAGGCUGGAGCUGGACCGGGAGAAGCUGAUGAGGAGACUGUUAAUGACGGAACUGUGAGCCGCGUCCCACGCCAAGGAGGGGAGCCGCCCCUUUCUGUGCCUUUCAUAAUCUGCUGCCUGUGUUUCCAGGAAUGCUGUUUACACCUUUCUCACGCCCGCAGCUGUAGGGGACCGGCCCUGGGGGGUCACGGCAGCUUGGCCGACCUCGGCGUCCCUGUGAACUGGUGCCCACCGGAAGAAAAAAGAAGGACACUUUUCAGUAGCCGCUAACGUUGGCAAGACGAUCGCGCCUUCGGCUUUUAACUUUCUUCUCUAACGCUGCACUGAACCUGCAUCACGAACACAUUUUGAGACAUUUCUAUGUAUAUUUGCGGGAGGCUUUUAACGUGAAUCAGAAAUUAUUGUCAGCGCUCUAUGUUUGUAGAUGUUGAUAAAUGUGAAUUCAUUUUAACCUGCUAAUAACACCUUUUGGUCAUCUCUGCCAAACAUGUGCUUAAGGUGUUGGGGUGCGUUUUCAGUGGUGACCAAGGGCUGUGAAGUUGCGUGUAUCUGUGUCGGGUAAAUUAGACCUGAAGCCAGUGUCAAAGAUGCAUGCCCACUGUGCUUCAAGUGUCACAGCAUCAACGACCAGUGUCAGCUUUUUAAAACGCUAUAUUGUAAAUGUUUAAGUGCUUCCGUAACAGUUUCAAUCAGAUAUCCAAUAUUAAAACCAACCCAUAAUUUCUGUAGCUUUGUUCAAAAAUCUGAUUUCAUUUACACUGAAUUGAAUUCUACCCCAUAAACAUAAAUAUUAGACAAUUCAGAUAAAAACACACAAGUAUGGGGGGGAGUUUGUCUGGGGAAAAUCUGUGUAACCCUCCUCACAUCAUACAGAAAUGCAUUAUUUUUAGAUAAAACACAUUUUGAUAAUAACUGACCCCCUUCCCCCAAAAUACAGUUUUUUACUAAUAUGUUUUCUAAUGUGCAUAAAACUUUAAAUCAUAGCCUGUAGAAAAACCCAGGAUUACAUGGAGGAAAUGAUUGCUGUUGUAAGUAUUAAUAUUGAAUAUGUGUUUGAGCCAGUUACAUAAGCACGUCAUCCACUUCAGCACUUUGAGGGAAGGUCAUAUGUCAAGCGAAGCCCCAUUCUUCUGUGCGGAUGAAUGAGUGUGUGUGUCACGCUGUUGUGUGUACUGUAAUUAACAGGAGGUUUCCCCUCUCUAGUCUUGCUCACGCGAGUCAAUUUGCCACACUUCAAAGAAAAAUUCAGAACAUUUAAGUUUUUAA